AUGGCUAGCAUGGCAUCCACUGCUCGCGAUAUCCCGAAGCCCGCUGGUGGCCGAGACAGCUUUGCUGCUGUAGCGGCCAGGAGCGUUCCUGUUACGAAGAACCAUCCUCUCCCUACUCCCCCGAAUUCUAUAUCUCCCUCUCUGCCUCCCCACGGCUCCAAGCCGUAUGGAACGCGCUCGACCACUGCCCUGCACGCUCUGGAACACGUCGAAUCUGACCUCGACCUCCAGGAUAGUGCCGAUGCCAGUGAUCAGGAUAUGCCCACUGAUGGCGGUUGCGUUGGAUCUCCUGGGUUCGACGCGGCUGGCACCAUCACGCCGACUCUGCUGGCAAAGCAUCAUCUCCCUGAGAUCUUGCUGAACCAUGGCCCCUUGGCCAUUCGCCACAUCAUGGGAUUCCUCACCACGGCUGUGCCAGGAUUCUCUGGAAUACCACCCGCGAAGGCUAGAAGACUGGUAGUCGGUGCGUUGGAGGGUCGAGGAAGCGGAGGCGAGGGUGGAGGUCUGAAAGGCGAUGUCAACUUUGAGAAGGUUGGAUGGGGACGUUGGGACGCAAAACUGAAGGGCCACCCUGCUAGAAACAGCAGAGGCAAUCAACACUCGCCACCCCCAAGUGUACCAUCCUCUUACUCGAACGCGAUGCCGAUUGCGACAAACGACGGAUGGAACGUAGACAGAACCCGACUGAACGCGCCAGGCUCCAGUUGGGCUGGCGAUUCGGCCGUCUUCUCUCACGACGACGAUAUGGAUGUUACGAUGAUGGAGAAUGAGGCAGACAAGAUGUCUCUUGAUGGAGAUUCCUCCUGUUCGUCCUCCGAGGCUCCACCGGACGACGAGAUCAUGGGUGAUGACCCCGACGACAUGACCGACGACGAGGACUGGGCCGCAGUAGGAGCAGCAGCCUUACGUGCUGCAUCUUACUCCGCCUCUGGACCGGGGCGAAACUUUCUUGCGUCCCGCGUAUACACUGCGGGAGCCCACAGCGGUGGUGGGCCAACCCUCUCUGCAUUGGCAAAAUCGGUGCCAAUGCGACCUUUUCAACCUAAUAAUUUUGAUUUAUCAGCUUUUGGCAUGACCUCUGACUCCCAAGAACGGGAGGCCAUCGAGGCACUUUUACGACUGGGUUCUGUAUAA